GCCUUUGGGUACAAGUUCGUGAGUAAAAACAAUCUCCAAAAUGAUGAAUUCAAUCCAUAAACUCACAUCUGUUAUACGGAAAACCCCUCUCAAUCUUACCGCCACCGCCAAUCUCAGACUAUUCUCCACAAAAUCCACCACCAUAAAGAAAAGCGGCGGCGGCGUCGACGAAUGGAACGACGCAUGGGAAACCGCGUGGCUCCCCGAAGACCUCUCAGCCAAAAACCGAGCUUCUUGGGAGACUGAUGUCAAUUUCGCACUCUCCGAUAUCACAAACAGUGCCUCCGAAUCAUUGGUUCUCCCAAUCGACGCCGACGCGGAAACCAAGGCGUUCGUCGAAGACAUGAAUGACAAUUGGGAUCAGAGAAGAAACAAAGGAACUAAGUCACAACAAGAGCAAAAUGAGAUGGUGAAGAAGGAUGGUAAUAGUUCGCUGUAUAGUUUGGAAAAUGUGAAGAGGGACUAUAGGGUGAAGAAGCAGAGAAUUCAUGCUGGGUUGUGGAUGAAGGAGAUUGAGAAGCAGGAGGAGGCUAAGUUUGGGGAUUCUGUUAUUGGCAAUGGCGGGGAUGACAUUGAUAAAUUGCUUGAUAGCUGCUCUGAGAUUUUUGACUCUGCUAACAAUUAUUUAAACGAUGCAAAGAUCUCAAGUUCUUCCGAGUUAAAGAGUAAGCCCGAUGGUUGGGAAACGACAUCGAAAUCUCAGGAUGGGAACGUCUGGGAGAUGUCACAAAGGGAAGAAGAUAUCCUGCUCCAAGAAUUUGAACGCCGAAUUGCGUUCAGCAAAUUCCAGAUAGCAAGUUUUAUUAAAACUCACAUAUUCAGCCGAAGGAGACCUAUUGAUGGGUGGAAGUACAUGAUAGAGGAGUUGGGACCAAAUGCGAAGAAAGGAAAGGGUAGCGUGUCAAGGUUACCUAGUCUAUCUGAUGCAGUAACCCAACCUUUUAAGGAGGAGAAGACACCAAUUGCCAUUAGUCGCACCUCCUAUAAAGGGAGGUAGUCUGUCGUGUAUUGAACUUAACUAUUCUGGAAAUGUUGAAUGCUAUUAUAUCAGUCUGCAGCACUACCAAUUUCUGGCCUCAGGAAUUAAGAGAUAGUGUAAAAAGUUUUCUCCUCCCCCCUCAAUUGCUCUAAUCAGGACCAAUUAAUUGGUCUGUUUUUGAAAAGUUCUCUAUGAAACAGUUGUGUACAGGCUUUAUCAAUAUGAGGUGUUUGUCAAACAAUAUUUUUUUAAAUUAAAUUCGAUUACCUAGACCAGUUUUCCUUAUUAAGUUGUAUUGCCUUUUUGGACCGGCCUUGGGGUUCAUUUGGUUGUUAUUUGUUAUGGGUUUCAUUCAGUGCUUUGUCAGCUGUUAGUGAAGCAGGCAAGGUUUUGAGAGGAGAAUCUGUGCAUUAGUACUACAUCAAAAUUGGAUUUUGCUUGGACUUGAAUGUGGUCGCUGCUUUGAUUGCCAUGUAUGGGAAAUCUUGUUUUAUCAAUGCAGGACUUUAAUUACGUUCAUGUAAAAGAUAUUUUAUGGAACUGGUUUGUGGUUGGAUGAUGGUAAAACUGACCUGCUACAAGAGUCAAUAAUUUUACUGCAAUUAAUGACACUCGAACUAGUGAAACUCAUUAUAUUAGACCAAAUGAAGUCACAUUUCUUGGUCAUGUUGGAUGCUUGCAGACAUAGGGGAGACUGGUGGCUGGGGCCAAGAGCUGUUUUAAGAGAAUGGUUCCAAGAUAAUGUGAGGGUUCCCAGGUUAACCUAUCAAACUUCAUCAAAAGACAAGCAAAACGAUCAAUGUGAUCAAGCGAACUUUUUUUGGCUUCUGGCCCACAUAGAUCAGGUUGUUUUGUUUGGAGGGCGAUCCAGGCACAUCAGCUGAAAACUUUUACUUUUGUCGAAGUAGAAAUGCAUAGUGGAAAAAAUGUUGAAAAUAAAGAUGCA